AGCUAUUAUUUCAUUCUUUUAAGCAUUUUCUUUUCCAUCUUGAAGUGUCAUUUUGUCAGCGCUACCUCUUUCUCUCAUAGCACGUUUGCUUUGUUCUUUUUUUCUCCCCCCUGUUCUGCCUAUUGCCGUCGACUGAACAGGCACCACAGAGGGUUUUCUUUUGCUGAGCUACUUGACCGCCACUUUGUAAAAGGGCCAGGUUGUGUAGAAAACGAAUACUCUUUUCCACCCGUCUCUGCCGGUUGCACAUGAGGAGACGAGACCACAAUACAAUACCUUUACUCGCUACGUUGAAAAGCAAAGGAAAGGAAGAAAACUAUUAGGUUUGAGAGAAAAAAAAGAGCAGCUGCUGAUCAUCAGCGUGUUCAUGCCACUUCCCUCGCGCACUUGAAACUCACACUUCCGUAGUAUCACUUUUUUCCCCUCUUUGUUCACGCGCACAAGUCUUCACCAUGCCUUCCGAGUCGUGCCGUUGGUACCCCGACACGGUCACCAAACACAAGCAAGGCGAGGGCUACACCAUCUCCCGUGGCAAGUACCGCAACCCGUUUGACCUGGCUACGCGCGAUGCCCGCAUCACCAGCUACAGCCGCGUCAACCGCCAAUCCGCCAAGGCGAAGGCCAUCAUCUCGCAGCUGCACCCGCAGUUUCGCGGCCUCGCGACGGGCGUGACGUGCGAUUUCGUGCUGCGCUCGUCGAUCACGCAGCUCGGCGUCAACGCGGAGAACGUCGUCAUCAACAUCGACCACGCCAAUCGCACCUGCACCAUCUCGAUGGACCUGGUGGCCUUGUCGCCGCUGGCAGUGCUAAUGCUGGACUACAUCAACGUCGGCGCCCACGUCGGCAAGCUCUUCGCGUUGGAGGGCAACCGUGUCGUGCGGGAGAUGAGCUACAUUGCGCGUCUGCUGCACGCGGUGAACCAGCGUGGGCAGCAGCUACUGGUGUACGGCGUCGGCGCCGAACCCUCGUGGGACCUGCAGAUCAUCGACGGGCGCGUGGUGGCAUACCUGCCCGUACUGCAAGGCACCUUCACCUACAGCGGCGAGAUCCACGGCCUGCUACCCACGAUCGGGGCGGCGCUGUGCACCGGCACCGCCUACAAGGACCUCAUUCGCCUUCACCAGGAGUUCCACGAAGGGCACACGCGUGUCGCCUCGGCGUUCGGCGUGCUGAUGGUGCGCGGCUACUCCAUGCACUUCCGCACCGUGUUUGGACGUGUGGUGGACAGCCUGCUGCCAAAAGGGCUGCACUCCAUGAGCUCCCGCAUGAUUGAGCCGGAGGAGGGUCUCUUCGACGUCGGCAGUCGUGACCGCACCUUCGUCUUCUACGGCGACUCCGUUGACGAGUUGACGCACAUUCCCAUCGAGUUCUACACUCUGGAGUCCUACCGCGAGCAGGUGCCGUUUUCGCUGCGCAAGACGCUCGCCGAUCGCUGCAGCACAACCAGCGAUAUCCUGCGCGCCUUCAAGAGUGCGCCGAAGGGCGACUUGCCGUGCUGCGCUUUUCUCUGCAAAGGAGGCCAGUUCCUGGAAAUGUCGGACGACGACUGGAUCGUGGCCGACCCGAGGCAGACCACCUACGUCGGACUCGAGAACCCAGAGGAGCAGCAGGAGCUGGUGCAGCGCUACACGUAUCAGCAGUGCGAGUACGCCAUUCUUUCCGCUAUCGCCACCGACGAUAUCUCCAGCGACGGUGUCCUCUUCACCCGCUACUUUCCCUCGCCGUGCCUCAAGUCACUCAUUCUGUCGCGCGCCGUGGGCAAGAAGCUGCGGGCGAUUUUCUUCACCAAAGCCUCGCGGCACUACGGCUCCUUCUUUAGCCAGGAGGACGCGGCCAUGCUCGGCGACUUGAACACGUUUGGCAUUGCCGUUUUUCAUGUCAAUGAGGCAAAAGGUGAGGUCUGCCAGUACAUCCGCCGUCCCGGUCGCGACUCCGGCGCGUUCGUCCCGCUGGAGCGGCGCCAGGAGUACAUCAACGCGACCUUCUUCGGCGUGUACGGGUCGAACCUGGUCGCGGGAGACUUCGAGGCGGAGCUCAUGACACUGCUAAGUGGCAUUCUGCACAUCAAGAGGUCCUGCAAGCAUCCGCUGCUGAACGACGCGAAGCCGCUGGCGCUGGUGACCGGGGGAGGGCCAGGUGCGAUGGAGGUGGGCAACCGCGUCGCCAAGUCUCUCGGCAUUCUCUCCUGCGGCCUCAUCGUGGACUUUGGCAGCGUCGCCUCCAAGCCCGGCUCGACCAUCAACGAGCAAAAGCAGAACACGUACGUCGAGGCGUACUUCACGUACCGCGCGGACAAGCUGGUGGAGCGGCAGUCGGACUUCAACUUGGACUUCCCCAUCUUUCUAACCGGCGGCAUCGGCACCGAUUUCGAGUACGCGCUGGAGGAGGUGCGCCGCAAGGUGGCCACGGUGCAGCCGUACCCGAUGAUACUCUUCGGCACGCCGGAGCACUGGGGCGAAAAGUUGUCCGGCCGCUUCCAGACCAAUUUGCACAGCGGCACCAUCAAAGGGUCGGAGUGGAUCUCCACCAUUCCGUGGGUGGUCUCGUCUGGCACCGAGGCGCUCGAGGUAUACCGCCACUUCUUCGAGAACCGACUUCCCAUUGGACCCGGGUACCCCCUCAGCGAGCGCGGCUUCAUGGUCGCUGCGGAGUAUCUCGCAAAGGCGAAGUAA